AUGCAUAGCAGAUCAACGCUUCGGGAUAUUGAGACCCUCGUUCAGCAACAAACAGAGACACUGGAAAGCCAAGGCAAGGAAGAUGACAACCUUCAAGAGAUCCAAAAGAUCCUCUACUCGACAGAGAUGAUGCAAGCCCAUUCCUCUCCAACUUACCUGUACUUUCCGGACAAGAACAAAGUCCUGAGGAUUCUCCAGCUACCGCACCCAUUCGUCGGAUUCACGGAGCACUUUCGUCUAAUAGGAUAUCUUGCGAGCACCAACCGGGAGCUCUCGCCCCUUUACCGUGCAGAGCAUGUAUCGACGAACUCAGAACACAAUAUUCUGGAUAUCGUCGGCAUACUGGCUGUUCCAAGCCACAAUAGAGUAAUGUUUUCCGAAGUAUAUGAAAAGAAGAGGACCGGCGACGGCGAUUUUCUGCGGUUGAUCGACAGCGAACUUUGUCGCCCAAAUGUAUUAGGGUGUACAAGUGUUGUGUGGCCCCUUGGCAUGUUGGAUUCUUCCAUCCGCUUCUAUGUAGCACCAUUCCCAGAUGGAUUCUCGCCUUGCAGCCCUCUCGCUGCCAUGCCAUCCAAUCUCACCGCUCUUCCAAAUGCAGAAUUCACUGAGAGACUCAGGAACGACAUGAUCAUUGGGGAUGAGUCGCUGGCUGAAUCUGAAUCUCGAUCGUCAACAUCUAAAUUUAGGAUUAUCGAUCAAUUCGCGCUCCCGCAAACUACUUUGGGUGAUCUGAAAGAUGUCUCGUAUGGUACACACAGUGUGCAUGGGGCCGUUACCCAGUCAAAGACAGAAAAAUUCUAUGGAAGUAUCGGUACUAUGUUUUAUCAGACGCAAGUUGACAUAUGGAUGGACUCUCAACCAAAUCAAUUUCAACCUCAGACUGUCAUCGCGCCGCACUCGCGCCAUCUGGCAGCAAUCAAGGACGGCUUCGACCGCAUCGUGAAUAGAGUGAAAUCAACGCUUGGGGAACGAUCAAUUCAGCGAAGCAUCCGUGUGCACGUGACUCCUAUGGCAAGAGUGAUUGCUAAUUUUAUCAUCAUCCCAGCUGAGGGAAUUGACCGAGACAUUGAGCUGCUCAGUCGCAGUGUUCCUGUCUGGCCGACACAGCUACGGCGCGAAUCUUUAGGUCGCGAUUACAACGUGCAGAAGAUGCAGAUCGACUUCGCUCACCGUGAAGUGCGCGGGCAUUGGGAAGAGUUUAUUCAUCCGUCAGGAGCUAUAUACCACUACAAUGCGAAAAGUAAAACAUACACAGGGAUGAACGUGAGGGACUGUUCCAACGAACAGCUCCAGAAGCUCGAAUCUUGGAUCAAGGUGUCAAGAUCCAGACUAGAUGGAAAGCCGUGGUUGUUGAUCGUCGAGCCGAUCUUAGCGAGAGGGAAGGAGAUCUACCCGUAUUACUACGUGGUACCCGAGAAUCGCGUCAUUACCUGGAUCGAGCCCGUGGAUGGCUACCUCCUGUUUCAAGAAUGUACAACGGUAUGGCACUGGAACCACAAAAGACUUGAACUGGAGGCCCAAUAUUGGAAACACGUUGAAUAUUUUCCGCAUGGGAUUGAAAUUCAUCGUUCGGAGGUGAAAACUUUCCGACUGCAAUUGAAUUGGUAUCGCGUAGAGGCCUUAGCCUUGGAACAAUCUAUUGCGGGCUCAAUAUUCUGGACCUUGGAACAAAUGAAAGAAAUGAUUGCUGAGCUAGCUACUGCAGGUACGCACCCUGAUUUCAAUUUGGGUCUUCAAGUUGAUGGCCGAAGGACAGAAGGACUUGCAAGAAGUGAUGGAGUCAUGGAAGAGCAAGGCGUCGCAAUCUGCGGACAUCACGAAUAUCUGAACCACCAUGGCCAACCCGAAGCUCGCUUGAUGCGAACACAUUCACUGGGUGAGAGGCGCAGAGAUCUGGAAAAAUCUCCCUUCAUCACUGCCGUUGCCGUUGCCAUGCUCUGGAUCCCAAUAAUGGUGCUCAGACGACUCCAAAAAAUCUACGUUGAUGGUCUUGUCAAUGGGGUCGACAUGAAGGCAUUCAUAGACGAUUUCAGUGCACAAGCUAAAUCCCAAACUACGGUUGCGUAUUACCUGCAAGGCAAGAUGGCCAGUUUUGUGAUUAUUGCAAGCAUACCAAGUCUUUUAUAUCUCUCGAGCAACAGUUUGGCCUUUACCAUUCUCGGAUUUCUCACAGGGAUUUUCGAAGCUGAAUACGGUUUACCCUUUACUGCGAGGAUAGGAUGUGGGUUGGCCCUUAUUAUUGGCACAGGCCUUACAAUUCCGUUGGCGAUCGCUGCUUUAGGUCCUGGGCUGAUCGGGUAA